GAGCGUUUCGGGGAUACCGAGAGCUCACCUCACACCAAAACGACCUCGAAACAGCCAUAUCGGUCGCCGAUUUCGUUUUCACCUUAGCUUGCGACCGCGAAUCACCCGCAUCGGUCGCCGUUUUUACCCUAGCGCACCAGCCUCGUGGCUCCGCGAUCACUAUGGCUGCGAACGAUGGGCCUAAGCUGCUCUGGAACCCAGACAAUGUCCGAGAUGUCGCCGAUUCAAUAGGAAUAUCGCUUUCCGACGAGCCACUGCGCGUGCUCGCCCAGGACGUCGAGUACCGCAUCGGCCAGGUCAUCGUUGAGGCUCUUCGCUUUAUGCGCGCCGCCAACCGCACCACGUUGACAGUGCAGGACGUGUCACAGGCGCUCAAAGUGCUCGACGUCGAACCAUUGUAUGGUUACGAAUCAACCCGGCCACUGCGAUACGGCGAAGCGAGUCUUGGCCCCGGUCAGCCGCUUUUUUAUAUUGACGACGAGGAGGUCGACUUUGAGAAGGUCAUCAACGCCCCGCUACCGAAGGUGCCGCGGGAUAUGAGCUUUACCGCUCAUUGGCUUGCCGUCGAGGGCGUUCAACCAUCCAUCCCCCAAAACCCAACGACUGCCGAGACCUCGUCCAAAGACCUCUUGCCCAAGGGGCCCGGCGCGAACCCGGCCUUGGCAGCCCUAGCGGGCAACGACAACGUCUCGUUCCGGCCGUCGGUCAAACACGUCAUCAGCAAGGAGCUGAUACUGUAUUUCGACAAGAUCCAAGCCGCCAUUCUCGACGACGAUCCGGACGAGGAAAAGACCAGACUCCGCGAAGCGGCCCUCGAAUCCGUCCGCUCCGAUCCCGGCCUACACCAGCUCCUCCCCUACUUCGUCAACUUCAUCACCAACCAAGUGACGCACCACCUCGAUGACCUGUUCAUCCUGCGCCAGAUGAUGGAGCUCGCCGAGGCGGUCAUCCAGAACCCGAACCUCUUCCUCGACCCGUACGCGAGCGCCCUCUCGGCCCCCGUGCUCACCUGCCUCAUGUCGCGCAAGCUGGGCGGGGCCGCGGCCGACGAGGGGUCCGACACGCUGCGGGAGCAGUACAACCUGCGGGAGCUGGCGGCGGGCCUGCUGGCCAUGGUGGCGCGCAAGUACGGGGCGACCAACGCGCUGCUGCGGCCCAAGCUGACGCGCACGUGCCUCAAGCACUUCCUCGACCCGACGCGCCCGCCCGCCGUGCUGUUCGGCGCCAUGCGCGGCGUCGCCGCCUCGGGCGGGCCCGAGGCCGUCCGCGUCCUGGUCCUGCCCAACCUCAAGAGCUUCGACGGCGCCGUGCUGCAGCCCCUUCACGAGAAGGGCGAGCCCCACGCCAUGGAGCUCGAGAUGCUCGUCGGCGGCAUCAUGAAGGCCGUCGAGACUCUGGUCGGCGGGUCCGGUAUCCCCGUCGCCAACGGCGUUGCGGAUGUGGACCUGUCUAGGGAGGGCGAGCAGGUUGCCGAGUUCCUGGGGCCGAUCAUCGGGCAGAGGGUUGCGCGCCUGGGAAACCACGCGCUAAACAGGGCCAUUCUGGAGGUCCGGCAUUUGGAGUAGAGAGGGGUUUCUGCUACCUGGGUGAUUCAAUAUAUUCGCGUGAGAAAGCACGCUAGGGUAAGCACGGCGUUAAGGGGUCUAAGAGCUCGAAGGUGGGACCGGGGUUGGGCUUGGGCUUGUCAUUUGUUUGUAUGGCGUGCGUUGGGAGUAUCGGCGCAGGAAAUAGCGGACGUCGGACAUGGAUAGUAGUAAUUUCGAUUACCAUCACUUGC